AUGAAGACAAUUCUGAUUAUCGGAGCCACUGGCGCUCAAGGUGGUGCUAUCGUUAAAUAUCUUUCUUCUACCGGCAAUUAUCACAUAGUCGCCUUGACACGUAGCACUACAUCGUCUCAAGCAUUCGCACUAGCUGCAUUGCCGAAUGUCGACCUUCUACUUAGCCAGGUGCAAACUGGCUAUGAUACAGAAGUAUUCCUUACUGCCGCGAAGUCGGCAGACUUUGUGCUCGUGAACACUGACGGGUUUGCAAUUGGCGAGCUAGCAGAGACGUACUGGGGAAUCAGGCUCUUUGAGCUAGCAGCGCUGGCUGGUGUCAAGCACUUCAUAUACAGUGGCCUUGACUCCAAUGGAAAGAAGUCUGGAUAUGACCCUAAGCUAUAUGUCGGUCAUUACGAAGGCAAAGCGAGAGUUCAAGAAUGGAUCCAUUCCCAGAAGGAUUCUCAGAUGACAUGGACAAUCAUCCGAUCUGGCCCGUACAUGGAGCUCCUAUCCGCCAUUAUGGCACCUUCAGAAGCCAGCGAUGGGACCAUGAUAUUCCAGCUACCGCUUGAUGAUGGAGCGAUUCCAUUUAUUCACCUCGGUGAUUUCGGUAGAUACGUGGACUGGGCCCUCUCUAAUCCAGACCAGUCUGGUAAACUCGAUUUCGGUAUUGCGACGGCACAUAUUUCAGGUGAAGAAAUUGCCAAGGCCUUUUCUCAACAUAGUGGCAAGACAGCAAAGUAUGUCAGCAUUCCUAACGAGGCAUGGAAUGCAGUGGCAUGGAAGUCUCUGCCCAAGGGGAGAGAUACGAAGAUCGGAUUUCAAACUUAUAAAGACGACAACCUUGUGGGUAUGAGCUACGGCGAUAACUUCGCAAAUUGGUGGAAUCUUUACAAGGCGACUGCGAAAAACCAAGGGUUAAUCCAGAGAGAUUACGCAUUUCUUGACAAGAUUUUGCCAGACCGCGUGAAGAGCCUGGGAGAGUGGAUGGAAAAGGUGGGGUACCAGGGAGUGAAGGAGGAUGUCCUCAAUUUGCAGGCAACUACCGAGUAG